CAGAUAAAUGCUCUAUAUAGAGGGCGUAGUAUCGUGACCCCGGUCCAUGAGAAUAUUUAUGACCUCAGGAAUCGUGUAAUUGUCGCUCAGUGACUCAAAAUCCGCUUCAACAAAGAGCAGCGCAUCAUCUUAUUAUUGGACUAUUCAACUUGACUUAACAUGGAGGGAUAUUGUAUUUAUAUUGUGUUGUUUUUAUUGUUUUAUGGAAAAGCUCUUUCCCAAACAGAUACAACAUUUGUAACAACACCCAAAGUGGUCGAAGCCAAGCUAGGAGAACAAGUUGACUUCUUCCUAACUUACACAACACCAGAUAAUUCAUCGGAAUUCUCCGUCUCUCGUCUAAACGGGAUGGAAGAAGUAAUAAAAAUUAGCGACUUAAACAUCACCACAAACUCAUCAUGGACGAUGAACGCUAAUGUUCGGGUGAGUGUGAUAGAUGACAACACAAGAAAGGUCAACAUAAGAAUAUAUAAAGUGGACUUCCAAAUCCAUGAAGGAGACUACAUGGUCAAGGUUGAAGGGUCAGACGGCGUGGGUGAAGAUUCUCUGCUUAUAAGGACUAUUGCUUCACCGGAAAAACUACAACUGACUGCCAGUACAACGGCUGUCCCAGAAAAGAGUACUAUAUCUUUCCUAUGCAGCGGAAAUACAGGAAGACCUCGUCCUAUUGUCCAUCUGUUACGCCGGGAUGUAUACAACGGUACCAGCAAUAGAACAUUCUACCCUAUCAUGUCUGAGUCCAGUCCCAAUAUAUUAACGCAAUUAGAAAACGGCACGUUUGAUAUGAAACACGGCUUUUUUCUGACUGUACAGUGGCAUGACAACUUUGCAGAGUUUCGAUGUGGCAUCUCUUACGACAUAGGCCUUGGUACUGAGCUGCCGUCUGCUCAGAGUGAUAGCGUCACCUUGAACGUCACAUCCAAUCGAUUCCUGCAGAUUCAGGCCCAACCAACAAUUGUAGAAUUGGGACAGGAUGGAGUGGCUAUCAUCUGUUCUAUUAUCAGCUCACAGCUAACUUCAGUAUUUGUCAUACAAUUGCAAAGAAACAUCACGACCAUCUUUGAAAACGCUGCUUCAGUCAGUUUAUCUAAUGGACAGGCUGUUACAGCAUAUCAGGAUACAUCAUUACAAGGCAGAACUACAUUAACAGGUUCUUUAAUUCCAUCUUCUACAGCACACCUCCGAUUAUUUUUCCCCAGCAGGAAUGUAACGUGUCCCGGAGAUUUUACAGAGUAUAAGUGUUCCCUAAGUGCUUUUGAUUCAUCAGGUGUUGUUAAUCAGGAGACAGAUCCAGUGAAGAAGUCUUUUAGAGUUCAACCAACAUUGAUUUCGGUGCCAAGGGUCGGAAUUCUUGGAGAAUCUGACACUCCUAAUAGACAAUUUAAAGUUGGGACUGCGAUACAACUGACAUGUACUGGACAAAUCGGCAGUGAUCCUAGCGCUACGAUACGUUGGUGUGCUCAGACUGCCGGAGCAUCGUCCUUCACGGGAUUACCACAGAUCCCGGUCCAUUCCCAAGCCUCACAAUCUACUGGCUGUCAGUACACACGUUCCAGUACCAUCACAUACAACCUCACCAGCAGUGAUACCCACACACAAUUCCUGUGUGAGUCUGGAUAUUCUAUUCUUUGUGGAACAGGAACAGCUAAGCAAUACAUUAACAUAACUUUAGAGGGAGACACAGUUACAACUAAUGCGGCGACAACAGAGAAUACAGAUGAUAUCGCAGUCAUUGCUGGGGGCGUGGUCGGAGGGGUGGUGGUUCUUAUCGUUAUCAUUCUUCUGGUCUAUUUCCUGGUGCUCCGCAGAAAAUCAGGUGAAUCGUCGACUGAAUCUCCUACUGACAAAACAAAGGAAAACGUUCCAGGAUAUAAUGGACCAUCUAAUUCAGAAGGGCCUGUUUAUAGUAUGCCCGUCAAAAACAACAACGUCCCUGAAAAACAGAAGGAAAACGAUGACAAAAAAGACAAUGACGAGGCAAAGGAGGAGGCAAAGACGGAACUCCAUUACGCCGACCUUGAAAUAACAGUCCGACCCCAAGGAGGCAGUAUCAAAUCCCAGUCCAAACCCAAGAUGGAAGUCAGCAAUACAGAAUACGCUAGUGUUACAUUUGGCAAAACUGCAUAAAAACCUUAGAUGCAGUAAUCAAUCCAUUUGACCAAAGAUUUUUUUUUUGUAAUUGUAAAAAAAUAUAUUGAUAUGAAACUGUACCAUUAAGGAUUUGAAUGAUUUUCUUUUAAAAAUUCUUACUACCAGGUGUCUUUGACGUCAUUUUGUAUAAAAUAGUAGGAAACAUCAAAUCCAACACAGUGUAUUUACUGUAUAAUCAUUUUCAAAGUUGGGGUAUCUUACUUCGUGGAAUUUUCCAAAAAGUUUUAGCCUCGGAAAAUAUGACAUGAAGCAAUAUUUUCGAUGAUGACACGUUCGUCCGCUAUAUUGAAAUCCCUUGAAUGUGCAUAGUUUAGCAAUUCUCAAAUAUUGGUCCAAGCUAAUUAAAGUCAUUCCACAGUUCUUCAUUUUCAAUAACUAUGAAUGAGAUUUACUUUUGAUAAAUCACAAGAACUUUUCAGUACAAAUAAAAUAGGACACGAAUCCGUGAUUUUUAUUUCUUUGUUGUUGGGUCAAUUUCUUUUUGUUUUAACUGAAAAUGUAACGAAAAAAAACUUUACUUGUUUUAAAAAAUGUAAGUUUUUAACUAGUUUUAAAAUUGUAACUUGCAAAAUUGAAUUCCUGUGGACAGUUAUCAGUAAUUAAUUCAGCAUUAUCAAGAAAAAUAUAGUUUUGAAGAAUAAGCAGAUGUAUUCAUCUUCGAUGUCUUUGGCUUUUUAGCCAUUUUUCUAUUAUUUCCAGUUGUCUUUCUCUUCCCCUGUUGAAAAAAAAAAUGGUUAAUUAAACCCAUGAUAGCUUGCCUUAGAUAUUUGCAGUUGACUGUGACAACCAUGACUAUGGACACUUCUCUAAUUUCCCCUUUUAAGUCUUUUUUUUAUAUUUGUAAUAAGAUAUUUCGAUGCAAAAAAAAGUAAUACAUUGUUUUAUAAUUAUAUACUAACUAUUAAUUUUGGUUUGAAAUAAAAACUGUGUCAACAGUU